AGACACUAACGGGGGACCUUACCUAGCUGGUGCCUGUGUGUUACCCGAUUCUUCAACCAUUUCAUCCACUUCAUCCACUCAACCAACGAUCCCAUCAUCCAUCCCUACAAUAACUACUAGGUAGGUAACAAUUCUGAACAAUACUAACUUCCAGGCGCAAUGCGUCAGUUGGACCAGCUGAGCCUAUUCAACGUGUCAGGGGUCCUCUGACACCACCUGGACACCACCUGGACAUCCUCGUACCUAGAUCAAGAUAAAUUCUAUUUCAGGAAAAAUAUCACAGGCAAAUAAAAUUCUCCCCUCUCCCACUAUUCGUUUAUGUUUCUUCUUUUUCCUUUUCAGAACUCUCCAUCGGUAUACCUCACUUGUUUGUCGACCGCCUACCCUCUUCCAAGCUCUUUGCCUCUAUCCACUAGGGCGACAACCUUGAUCACUUCAAGCUUGAUAAACUCUCAUAUUUGACACUAUCUAUUCUCGACACCUCCAUACAAGCGUAUUGCACGAGUUAUCAAGCCUUGCUUUUGCAAUCUUGAACGAGUCUAGCUACCCCUGUAGCUAUUGCUGUCGAUAUUUACCUGCAUAAAAUCGCGGUCUCGCGCUCCUCUACUACUUUCGCGCCGUCAUGUCGCCCACAUACACCAUGUCUGCACAUUUGUGCAAGCAAAUCUACAAGUCCUUCCAGACGCGCCAGACUUCUCCCGAGCCUCUAAGCAGUCCUACGACCACCACAUACACUUCCACAUACUCACGCCGCUCGCCUUCACCGAUACCUGAAAAGCGUUCCAUGGAUAGCGACCGCGGCGACUCUACCGCUCAUUCUACAUCGCCAUCGUCAAGUUCAGGCUGGAAGUGGGGUGGUCGCUAACUUGACCUCUACCUGCCCUAGGUAUUGAGAGAGUCCAGGUCCUUGGAAGAAUGCGGAGAAGGGAGAUUUGAGCGAUGACGUUUGGCGAAUGGCACGUAGAUGGAAAUGAUACCCCCUUUUAAGAUUGAGGAUUGGCGAAUGGCUACCGACAGCCGCAGUUGGCAAAAUAAACCGACGAAUCACGCAAUUCAAUUCGCCAAUCACGCAACACAGAACAUAUAAUCAUCGAUACGAGCAUAUGUAGCUAUUGCUGCAUCGACACUACACUCUAUUAUUACGAAGGAAUAUUUGUUGUGUAUUAAGUACCUAAGCUACGAGGUAGCUUGGGACCUGUUUUUGCCUGAUCAUGAAGCUCUCCGUCUUGAGCUUGGAGUUACGGAUUUUUCCAUUGGGGGGAAGCAUACCAUGAUACAUAAGAAUGAAGGAUACUUCACGACAAGCAAGUUCAGGCUUACCCGUUCAGCUAUUGGACUGAGGAAAAGUAGAGUGCUUUUCAUUAAUUAACUAAAUUCUAACAUCAUCUUGUCUAUUAUGCUGCAUCUACCAAAGUGUUCUAGACACCUGCACAUGUUUACCUAUAUUGACUCUCAAGUGAACCAUUGUAUGAGAUCUAUUCUGCAGAUUGAUGUUUAUGAGGAGUAUGCUCUAGAAGUAAACAGAUGAACUUGUAAUAUAUGCAGUCAUUACCUAGCAACUGAAGACUAUUGG